AUGUAUCUAAUAACGACACUUGCUCCAGCGCCAAGUGAACAAGCGCUAAUCAAUAAAGUUUUGCCGAAGGAGCUAAUAUUGCGAAUUUUUUCUUACCUCGAUAUGAAAACGUUAUGCCGAUGCGCGCAAACUUGUCGAUUAUGGAAUAUUUUGGCGCUAGAUGGCUCUAAUUGGCAACGGGUCGAUUUGUUCACGUUUCAAAAGGACGUUAAGGCAGCAACCGUCGAGAAUCUUGCUCGACGGUGUGGCGGUUUUCUGAAGAAGCUUUCAUUGAAAGGAUGUGAAAAUAUACAGGACUCAGCAUUACGGUCUUUCACAGCGAAAUGUGCCAAUAUUGAACAUCUCAGUUUGUAUAAAUGUAAACGAGUGACAGAUGCGACUUGCGAGAAUCUUGGUAGACAUUGCCACAAGUUGAUUCAUUUGAAUCUAGAGAACUGUACAGCAAUAACGGAUCGUGCGCUUAGGUACAUUAGGUGA